AUCCCUCUCUGGUCCAUAAUGACAGCACUCAGCUGCUGCACGACAACACUCAGCAGCUUGAAGUGCCCCCCACCAUCCCGGCUGCUGCCAACAGCACACGGCAACACUCAGUGGCUUAACACGCCCCCCAUCCACCCCACAGCCCUCCCUCCCCCCUCCCUCUCAGUUGAUGCUGAGUGUCACCCACUGCCCCCAUUCGUCUAUGCGGCCCAGCUGCUGCCACCCACCGAACUGGCAAUCGGUAUUGCCCAAAUGCUCGUUGAAGCCCUUGUUGAUGGCCCCCUCCUCAAUGCCGUGUCGGGCCGCCUCGUCCAGCCGGGCCCUGUGGAUCACCUCACGCACACCCAGACGGCCAUGGGUGUGCACCACCUGGUGUGGGCGGCUCUCGGCCCUGAUGGCGAAGCACUGCAGCGGCACCCGCACCGUCACGCCGCCCACAUCGGCCGUGCCGCCCACCACCUCCCUGUUGCUGCUGGCCGCAAACACCGCUGACUUGACGAAGUGCUCAGCAGCAGCUUGCACACGGCGGGCAAGGUCGCUGUUGCGAAUGGUCAGGGUGGCAGUGAUGGUCUCGUUGGCGGCGUGUUGGUCGAAGCACAUGGCUGCGAUGCGCCAGCCGAUGGCCUCUGCCUCGUGUGGGCCGUAUCCAGCGGCGGCGGGGAGGGGGGCGGCGGGUGGAUUGGCCAGAGAUGUGCCGGGGGGCUGCAGCAGGUGGGGCAGGAGGGUGGGGAGGGACCUCAUCAGGAAGGCAGCCAGCGACCGCUGAGGGGCGAGGGCCGCAUUCACAGCCGCCAUCGCCCCCGUGUGCACGUCGCUGUUGAGCAUUCUCGUGCACUGGGGCAGCACCAACUGGCGACGACAGCGGUGCCUAUCGCUGUCUGUGGGGAUCCGGCCGAUGUCUGCCCCACCUCGCAGCAAGCUGCGGAUGAACGCCUCGCAAAGGGGAAUCCUCCUAAUGGCUCGGUCCCUGUCUUGUGGCGGCCUGUUGGUGUCCUGCGAAACCUCAGUCACUUCAUUGAGACUGCUGGCAACCCAGACGAGCGGCGUCACGUUCGGAUUGCCCGUCGUGCCUCUGUUGAUGUCCGCUGGUGGAACAUGGCGGCACAGGUAGUCCGCCACAAAGAGAGCACUGGCAGCUGCCGCCCAGUGCAGAGGCGUCAAUGCCAAGGGGGUCAGUGCCGUCAGGUCGGCGCCGUUCUCCACCAGUAGGUCCAGAUAUGAAUCGACGAAGCGCUGCGAGAAGCGCUGCGAGAAGCGGCUCCGCUCGUCGAAAAGUGCCAAGUGGAUCAGAUUCCGGCCACCUAUGUCUCGUUCGGUUGCGAGUGUGGCGUCGCGCUGGAUGAGCCGCCGAUAGAUCGCCAGCAGCCGCCCCUCAUAGGCGGCGGGCACCUGAUGGCCCAAUCGGCCGGCGAUCGGCAGUGGCAGCCGCAUGACAAGGAGAGGGUCGUUCAGGGGACGGCCAUGACGACUGCGCACCGCUUGGCGCACCGCAGCACCGCGCGCCAGAAGGACCCCCACAGCACUGUCGUUGCCCCCACAGACUGCCAUCCUGAUGGGCCACUCGUCCCAGUGGCCCAGCGGGCGGUCCGCAUCCAAGUGGGCGCCUCCGUCGAUCAGGGCGUUGAUGAUGUCUGCCUCCAACUCGCGUGACGACCACUGAGGCAAUGCGAGUGAACCCGGGAAAACAUGGGAGUCUCGGGCAAAGAUUGUCGGCAUGGCGCCGUCACUCAGGUUGUCGAUAGCAAGAGUGAGCAGUCGAUACCGAAGCCCAGGAGAGCCGCUGCCCCGCACACGGAGCCGUGGCAGACUAUUUGGGUCAGCGCCAUCGCGUAUGAGCUGUGUGACCUGCUGCUUUCGAGUGAGGGUCCGCUGAAUGACGCCCCUGGCCAGCCAGAUGGUUGCAUUGCUGCUGCCGUCAUCCAGCAGUGUGUCGACGUCCUCGAGCCGCAGACCGCCAUCAGGCUGCUGACCUUGCCCAUCUGCCGCCAUGGGUCGACCUCACCCCAUCAUCCUGAGCUGCAUGCAUCGUCACACACACGCAGACAUGCAUCGGUUCUCCCUUCACACUCUCUCGGUCUCUGUGCAUCCAUUCGCACCUUAUUGUGUGUGUGAUGCAUCGAGUCAGUCUUCCUUGCCGUCACUACCCGCGCCGUGAUGAAGGAAGGCAAGCCCACGGGUAAGAUGUCGUGCAAAGCACACAGAACAACACACAGUGUCGCACCAAUGCCCGCAGACCCCACGGCGCAGACCUCCUGCCUUCACUCCUCGCACCUCGUUGGUCGGUGCAGAGUCUGGGCUUUGAGUCCAACGGGGACGCUGGAGAUGGUGUGAUCGACAGUAUCUUGGCAGUGCCUGGCACGUCAAGCGGACAGUUUGCUGAAAACUCGGGAGGCACCAAUCGCGCCUGUUGACCCACAGCUCGCGAACGGUGCCGCCGACAGGCCUUUCCAUCACUCAGAGCAUUCGAGCGAGCGACCGGGCGACGCACUGGCGUUUCGCUUCGUCAGAUC